GUCGGUACCAGAUCUCGUCGUCUGGAGGCUGACUGGGAAAACUGUAACCAGACCCUCUGGAAGAGAUGAGACUUGCAUUUUGUGGUAAUGACAAUGCCUCAGCCUACAACAUCAGUGCUGGUGUCCUCAGGAACGUCUGCUUUGUGGAUGCCCUCAACUUGGUCCCUCAUGUCUUCCUGCUGUUUAUCACCUUCCCCAUCUUGUUCAUUGGCUGGGGAAGCCAGAGCUCCAAAGUGCAGAUUCACCACAAUACCUGGCUGCACUUCCCCGGGCACAACCUUCGAUGGAUCCUGACGUUCACCCUGCUGUUUGUGCAUGUGUGUGAAAUAGCAGAGGGGAUUGUUUCUGACACACAAAUGAAAUCUCGCCACCUGCAUCUCUUUCUACCAGCUAUAAUGGGAUUUGUGGCUGCCACUGUAUCCAUAGUCUAUUACCAUAAUAUUGAAACAUCCAACUUUCCAAAGUUACUGCUGGCCCUGUUCCUUUACUGGAUAAUGGCCUUUGUCACCAAAACCAUCAAGCUUGUCAGAUACUGCCAGGACGGGGUGCCUUUUUCUCAGUUGCGUUUCUGCAUCACUGGAAUCAUGGUCAUCCUCUAUGGGCUGCUGAUGGCUGUGGAGAUCAAUGUCAUCCGAGUCAGGAGGUAUGUGUUUUUCAUGAACCCUCAGAAAGUAAAGCCUCCAGAGGAUCUGCAGGAUCUGGGCGUGAGGUUCCUGCAGCCAUUUGUCAAUUUGCUCUCAAAGGCAACUUAUUGGUGGAUGAACACUCUCAUUAUUUCUGCUCACAAGAAACCUGUGGACCUGAAGGCUAUUGGAAAGCUCCCAAUUGCAAUGAGAGCACUGACAAAUUAUGUCUGUCUCAAAGAAGCCUAUGAGGAACAAAAGAAAAAGGUGGAGGACCAUCCCAACCGGAGUCCCUCCAUUUGGUUGGCCAUGUACAGCGCUUUUGGACGGCCAAUCCUGCUCAGCAGCACCUUCCGCUACCUGGCCGACUUGCUGGGCUUUGCUGGGCCACUCUGCAUUUCUGGCAUUGUCCAGGGCUUCCAGAAUACAACCAAUAAUACAAAUACCACAGAAAAGAUGAAGGAUCCAUCAAACUCCUACCUUUCAUCAGAGGAAUUCCUCAGGAAUGUUUAUGUCUUGGCAGUCCUUCUCUUCCUGGCUCUUCUCCUGCAGAGGACAUUCCUGCAGGCCUCCUACUAUGUGACUACAGAGACUGGCAUCAACCUCCGGGGUGCCUUACUGGCAAUGAUAUAUAAUAAGAUCCUGAGGCUUUCUACAUCGAACUUGUCCAUGGGAGAGAUGACACUGGGACAAAUCAAUAACUUGGUUGCCAUAGAAACCAACCAAUUAAUGUGGUUCUUGUUCCUGUGCCCCAAUCUGUGGGCAAUGCCUGUUCAGAUAAUAAUGGGUGUGAUCCUCCUCUAUAACCUGCUGGGAGUGAGCGCCUUGGUCGGGGCUGCUGUCAUUGUGCUCUUAGCUCCCAUCCAGUACUUCAUAGCCACCAAGCUGGCUGAGGCUCAGAAGAGCACUCUUGACUACUCUACUGAGAGAUUAAAGAAAACCAAUGAGAUACUCAAAGGCAUUAAGCUAUUAAAGCUGUAUGCCUGGGAGCACAUAUUUUGUACAAGUGUGGAAGAAACCAGAAUGAAAGAACUCACCAGUCUCAAAACCUUUGCACUUCAUACAUCUCUUUCCAUUUUUAUGAAUGCAGCCAUACCAAUAGCAGCUGUUCUUGCAACAUUUGUGACUUAUGCAUACACCAAUGACAAGCCACUGCAGCCCGCCCAGGCAUUUGCAUCCCUGUCACUGUUCCACAUCCUGGUCACACCUCUGUUCCUGCUCUCCACCGUGGUUCGUUUUGCAGUCAAGGCCAUCGUGAGUGUACAGAAGCUGAAUGAGUUUCUCCUGAGUGAUGAGAUUGGAGAUGACAGCUGGAGAGGGGGAGACAGCUCUGUACCUUAUGAAUCCUGUAAGAAGCACACAGGACUUCACACCAAGGCCAUCAAUAGGAGGCAGCCCCUGAGGUAUCAGCUCGAAAGCUACGAGCAGCCAGCAAGGAAGCAGACACGGCCCAUGGAGAUUGAUGAUGUGGCCAUUAAGGUGACCAAUGGAUACUUUUCAUGGGGAAGUGGUUUAGCUACACUGUCCAACAUAAACAUUAGAAUCCCAACAGGUCAGAUGACAAUGAUUGUGGGCCAAGUUGGCUGUGGCAAGUCUUCACUUCUCCUUGCUAUAUUGGGAGAGAUGCAGACUCUGGAGGGAAAAGUUCACUGGAGCAAUAGGAACAGGUACUCCGUGGCUUAUGCAGCUCAGAAGCCGUGGCUGCUCAAUGCCACCGUGGAGGAGAACAUAAUCUUUGGCAGCCCCUUUAAUAAGCAGAGGUACAAGGCUGUUACAGAUGCCUGCUCUCUGCAGCCUGAUAUUGACUUACUGCCAUUUGGUGACCAGACAGAAAUUGGAGAAAGGGGGAUUAAUUUAAGUGGAGGCCAACGACAGAGAAUCUGUGUAGCUCGAGCACUCUACCAGAACACCAACAUUGUCUUCUUGGAUGACCCAUUCUCUGCACUGGACAUUCACUUAAGUGAUCACUUAAUGCAGGAAGGGAUUUUGAAGUUUCUGCAAGAAGACAAGAGGACUCUUGUUCUGGUGACACAUAAAUUACAAUAUCUGCCACAUGCUGACUGGAUCAUAGCAAUGAAGGAUGGAAUGGUGCUUAGAGAAGGGACACUAAAGGAUAUCCAAUACAAGGAUGUUGAGCUAUAUGAACACUGGAAAACUCUGAUGAAUCGCCAAGAUCAAGAGUUGGAAAAGGAUAUGGAAGCUGACCAGACAACUCUUGAGAGAAAAACCCUUAGAAGGGCCAUGUACCCCAGAGAAUCCAAGUCACAACUGGAAGAUGAAGAUGAAGAGGAGGAAGAGGAAGAAGAUGAAGAUGAUAACAUGUCAACUGUCUUGAGGCUCAGGACAAAGAUGCCAUGGAAAACCUGUUGGAGAUAUCUCACCUCUGGAGGAUUUUUCUUGCUCUUUCUGAUGAUUUUCUCCAAGCUGUUGAAACACUCAGUUAUUGUGGCCAUAGAUUACUGGCUUGCUACGUGGACAUCCAUGGACAAUGCAAAUGAAGCCAGGAAUGCUGAUGAGGAUAAAAGCACAGAGAAGACUUAUCAUGUAGCUGUCUUCAGCAUCCUCUCUGGAGCUGGGAUUGUCCUUUGCCUCAUCACAUCCCUUACUGUGGAGUGGAUGGGCCUCACAGCAGCCAAGAACCUGCACCACAAUCUCCUCAACAAGAUCAUCCUUGGACCGAUCAGGUUCUUUGACAUGACUCCGCUGGGGCUAAUUCUGAAUCGCUUCUCUGCUGAUACAAAUAUCAUUGAUCAGCACAUCCCUCCCACCCUGGAGUCUCUGACCAGAUCCACCUUGCUGUGCCUGUCAGCCAUUGGGAUGAUCUCCUACGCCACUCCAUGGUUCCUUGUGGCCCUCGUGCCCCUGGGCAUAGCAUUUUAUUUCAUCCAGAAAUACUUCAGGGUUGCUUCCAAGGACCUCCAGGAACUUGAUGACAGCACCCAGCUCCCUCUGCUAUGUCAUUUCUCUGAGACAGCUGAAGGCCUUACCACCAUCAGAGCAUUUGGACACGAAGCCAGAUUUAAACAACGUAUGCUGGAGCUGACGGACACGAACAACAUUGCCUACUUAUUUCUGUCAGCUGCCAACAGAUGGCUGGAGGUCAGGACGGAUUAUCUGGGUGCUUGUAUUGUCCUGACUGCUGCUGUCACUUCCAUCACCGAAGGGCCACACUCAGGGUUCGUGGGGCUGGGUCUUCUGUAUGCUCUGACGAUAACCAACUACCUGAACUGGGUAGUGAGGAAUCUGGCUGAUCUAGAAGUGCAGAUGGGUGCAGUGAAAAAAGUACACAGCUUCCUGAACAUGGAGUCAGAGAACUACGAAGGCUACCUGGGUAUUGCUCUUAAGCUUUUGGGAGCUUUACAUGAUCCCUCUCAAGUCCCCAAAGACUGGCCCCAGGAGGGGGAAAUCAAGAUUGAAAAUUUGUGUGUUCGCUAUGAAAACAACCUGAAGCCUGUUUUGAAGCAUGUGAAGGCCUAUAUCAAGCCAGGACAAAAGGUUGGGAUCUGUGGUCGCACUGGCAGCGGCAAGUCCUCCCUGUCCUUGGCAUUCUUCAGAAUGGUGGAUAUUUUUGAUGGGAGGAUAGUGAUUGACGGGAUAGACAUCAGCAAACUGCCUCUGCACACGCUCCGGUCCCGGCUCUCCAUCAUUCUCCAGGACCCAAUCCUGUUCAGUGGCUCCAUCCGCUUUAAUUUGGAUCCCGAACGCAAGUGCACUGAUGACAGACUCUGGGAAGCUCUGGAGAUUGCUCAGUUGAAGAACAUGGUCAAGUCAUUGCCAGGAGGCCUUGAUGCCAUGGUCACAGAAGGAGGGGAAAACUUCAGCGUGGGGCAAAGGCAGCUCUUCUGUCUGGCUCGAGCCUUUGUCCGCAAGAGCAGCAUCCUCAUCAUGGAUGAAGCCACAGCAUCUAUUGACAUGGCCACAGAAAACAUCUUGCAGAAGGUUGUGAUGACUGCCUUCGCUGACCGCACGGUUGUAACAAUAGCACACCGGGUUCACACCAUCCUCACUGCAGACCUGGUCAUCGUCAUGAAGCGAGGGAACAUUCUGGAAUAUGAUACUCCUGAGAACCUGCUUUCCCAGGAGGAUGGCAUCUUCGCUUCCUUUGUCCGGGCUGACAUGUGAACAGGCACACAAUACAUUCUAACAACUUAUUUUUAAAUGAUGAAAUACAAAUAUUUUCUACUCAGUGUAACACCACUUUUAUCUUUUUUGUUUGGUUUUGUUUUUUAGAGCUUCUUUCUUCACACUUCCAUCUUCCAAAAUAAUAAAGCCUAUUGCAAUACAUGUAUGCCUUGAAGCAAUAAAAAUGUCACUUUAUUCAAAACUAUUAAACUUCUCACACACACACACAUGCACACAUGGAGGGAGAAGUUUUUACUUCCUGAGAAUUUGGCAUUUUCCUUAGACUUUUUAUUGACUUUAUUUUUGUUUAAAGAGAGAAAAAGAAUACACUGAUCUUAUAAACUGCAUAUGUUAUGCUGGAAUCAGAAAUCAAAUCGUGCAGUUUGUCAAGGAAGCAAGAGGUUCCCCAGAUGCAUUCUGUCCCCAGAGGGAAAAAUUAGGAAAAACAUCCAAGCCCAUAACAUUUGGGGCAAUCUGCUGCAUUCCGAAGGCAUAAACUUUGCUCUCCAAGUUGUAGCAGGGGGGCAGUGAAUGAGAGAAAGGAAUUUCAUCAGGAAUAAGGACAUUCUUUCUGUCCUUCACUUUAGUAAGCACACUUCAGUCAUGACAGAACUAUUUUCACUGCAACAAUGGUUUAUUCCUACAGUCAGUUCCUACAUCCAUAUUCAUUCUUCCAACUUUCACUAAAGAUUCAAAUCAUCCUAUGAUUAUGCAUGCUUUGAUAGGCUUACAGAGGAAUUUUGUACAGUAUCUCAAGACUUUGUAUUAAAAUUCAUAUGAAUUUAUAAA